AUGUCUGAAUUCAAAGUAAAGGCCGGUUUGGCUCAAAUGCUAAAGGGUGGUGUGAUCAUGGACGUGGUCAACGCUGAACAGGCUGUCAUUGCCGAGAAAGCAGGUGCGUGUGCGGUGAUGGCCUUGGAGAGAAUCCCAGCGGAUAUGCGCAAAUCGGGUCAAGUGUGUCGUAUGUCGGACCCCAAGAUGAUCAAGGAAAUCAUGGCCGCAGUGUCGAUUCCAGUUAUGGCCAAGGUCAGAAUCGGCCACGUCGUGGAAGCACAGAUUUUGGAGGUGCUGGAGGUCGACUACAUCGACGAGAGUGAGGUCUUGACCCCAGCCGACAAAGUAAACCACAUUCGCAAAAACGACUUCAAAGUGCCUUUUGUGUGUGGAGCCAAGGACCUCGGUGAGGCCGUGAGACGUAUCAACGAAGGUGCUGCCAUGAUCAGAACCAAGGGUGAAGCCGGAACCGGCGACGUAUCGGAAGCAGUCAAGCACAUCAACCAGAUCCGUGGUGAUAUCGCCUGGGUCAAGGAGAACGUCAAGACGGACGCAGAGUUUGAGGCCAAGGCCAAAGAAUUGCGUGUGCCUGUCAGUCUACUAAAGGAAGUCGCUCAGCUGGGCAAGCUACCAGUGGUUAACUUCGCCGCUGGCGGUGUUGCUACUCCAGCAGACGCUGCUCUACUGAUGCAAUUGGGUUGCGACGGUGUUUUCGUCGGCUCCGGAAUUUUCAAGUCCUCCAACCCAGCCAAACUAGCCAGAGCCAUCGUGCAGACCACCACCCACUACCAAGACCCUAAGAAAAUCUUGGAAUUCUCCACUGACCUGGGUGAUCUGAUGGCUGGCACAAGCAUUGACAGCAUUAACAAAUCGAACGGUGUCAGAUUAUCUGAAAUCGGAUGGUAA